AUGCGAGCGUGUUGGCGUGCUGUGUGGUCGUUCGGGGUGCUAGCGGCCUGCCUGCGGGGUGAGCAACGCCACCGGGAGGCUGCGUUUGCCUGGCUCUGUGCAGCCCAGAGCGCUGAGGCUGAAAGCGCGCUCGGGUGGCCGUUGCCGCGGGCAACGACAACGCAGCCUCUGGACUGGUUAACGCGGCCGAGCUUGGGGUCUCUGCUGGACUCGGCACCGGCAAAUCAAGUCCUUUUGAGGUUUUGGGCUGCGCGCGAGCUCUUCGACUAUCUGGUGACGCUGCAGCACGCGGGGCUGUUGCGAUGCAGCGAGGGGAGAGGCUUUGCGUGGAAACCGGGGGCACGCUUCGAACUUUUGGAGGGUGCGCUUGUCGAGCGGCAGUUUCGGGAAGCCUGUAUACAGGAAGACGUGGCGUGUCUCCGAACGAUAUUGGUUCGGCUGCAGGUUACGCUCCAACACGAGCAAACGCUGCGCGCGGCGUUGCUACGUCCCGUGCAACGACUAAGUGCAGAGGUGCUACUCUUGCACGUUCAUUCCAUGCACGUUUCGGCCGCAGUCAUGAUCGGCGACAGCGCUGGUGCGCGUCAGGCCAUUCGUGACGCUAUUCGGAUCCUGGAGGGCCCCGACGCUGAUGGCGCCUUGCAGCAAACUGUGGACCUGACCGCGUGGCGAACACAUUUUUGGCUGGAAUGGAUACGCCUGGUUAGCGUAGAGUCAGGUUUGCAAGCAGCUUUAGCGGAAUGCGACGUCGCUGAAGCCGCCGGCGCGGACCCUGAGUGCAUUCACCGUUCGCGUCAGGAGAUCGUUUUCGCCGUUUCCCUGACGCACGAGAAGCGAUGCCCAGCGGCCCCGGAUGAGGGUUUACCGCUACAGCUUGACAAACGAGUGAAAGCGCAACCAGAGGAAAUCGCUGGCGCAGGCAUGCCAGAGACAUUGAAGCGCUUUUGGAUGAUUGGUCUAUCCCUGUUGCACGAACAUUGCUCGUUUAUGCUUGCUCCAUCUGCCGUUUCGGCGCUGUCGAGCAGUGCAGAGACUUUAUCAGUGUCGAACUCGAUGGAUGCGGCCAAAAUGCGGCGUGAGCAUGACUUGCCAUGCAGUGCGUGCCCGGCAGAGUCAGACUCGGUGCCAGUACACACCGUCUCCGUGGAGAAGCGCUCGAGCUGGCGCUCUUUGCCUACGUGGCAAACAGACCCGGAUUACGACAGUCUCGCUGAGCUUGAUGAAGAUAUCGGCAGGCAGCAGGUUCGAAAGACGCCCAUCCGGAUUGGAUUCGCAGAAGCGCUCGCCGUCGCUUCUACAGCCGCCUGGUCUGCGCGCGCAUCGCUGCAAAGCUAUGAACUGGUGAAAUGCGCUGAAUCCCUACUGGUGCUCGCGCAGGCAACGCAUUGGCUCUAUCGCUUGACGCUAACGAUGCCCUCUUUCUGGUUCUGGAGCAGCCUGGGGCGCAUUGCCACUCGCGCUGCGGCAGAGUGGCUCCUUGGUCGUGCAGCUGAUUUGCGGGCGCUUUUAAAGCAGUCCAGCGGAUGGACCGAGCUGCACCGCCGAGCGGGAUCCAGUUCCCUGAGCAGGUUCCUAACGCUGCAUGUGCUGGAAACAUUCGAGCAAAGUACGGACGCCAAGCCGUCGCGGACGCUGUCGCAUGAUCUCCGGAACGCAGUACUGUCGCUUCAGGAAAACAAUAUCAUCGUUGCGAAGACGUUGCUUGAACCGUGGCUCGAUACGGUCGAAUCGCCAGCAUCCUACGAACACGCGCUCGCGUGCUUUCUCUACGCCCAAACGCUCAGCAUGCUCGGAAUAUACGAAGAAAAAGCGUCGCUGUACCUGGAGCUGGCAGAGAGGGCUAGCAUGGCAGGCAAUUACAGGAUUCUCUCCUACGCAAUUGACCAGCUCAGGGCGCGAACCGGGAAUCAUUAUGCGCUCGAAACAACGAACGCAGGCACUGCAGGGUCGCUGCUUAGAUCCCGAGAGCAAGCGGAGCAGGAAAUUUGGAGCUUUCUGGAACAGAAUCCAGCCAUUUGUGAGCAACUCGCUGGCGCACUGCAGAUGGCGAGCACCCUGGUCGAGCGGGAUACCAGCACACCAUGA